UUUUUUUCCUCUAUUUUCAGAUUCCUGCUGGUCUUCUCCUGUCUUGUCCUCUCUGUAUUUUCCACCAUAAGAGAGUAUGAGAAGAGUUCAGAGGAUGCCUUGUAUAUACUGGAAAUCGUGACCAUCGUGGUGUUCGGCGUGGAGUACAUCGUGAGGAUCUGGGCGGCCGGGUGCUGCUGCCGCUACCGAGGGUGGAGGGGGCGGCUGAAGUUUGCCCGCAAACCCUUCUGCGUAAUCGACAUCAUGGUGUUGAUAGCAUCCAUCUCGGUGCUGGCGGCCGGUACCCAGGGGAACGUCUUCGCCACCUCCGCCAUCCGCAGUUUGCGCUUCCUGCAGAUCCUGCGGAUGAUCCGGAUGGACAGGCGAGGCGGCACUUGGAAACUCCUGGGAUCAGUGGUCUACGCGCACAGCAAGGAGCUGAUCACUGCCUGGUACAUCGGAUUCCUGUGCCUCAUCCUGGCAUCUUUCCUGGUGUAUUUGGCUGAAAAAGAGGACAACACCCAGUUUGAAACCUAUGCGGACGCACUGUGGUGGGGACUUAUAACUCUGACUACCAUAGGCUAUGGCGAUAAGUACCCAAUCACCUGGAAUGGACGACUCCUUGCCGCGACCUUUACUCUGAUUGGUGUGUCUUUCUUUGCACUUCCAGCGGGUAUCUUGGGAUCAGGGUUUGCCCUGAAGGUCCAGGAGCAACACAGGCAAAAGCAUUUUGAGAAGCGGAGGAACCCUGCCGCAGGACUGAUCCAGGCCGCAUGGAGGUUUUGCACUAACCUGACACGGACAGACCUGCAGUCCACGUGGGAUUAUUAUGAGCGGACAGUGUCUGUCCCUAUGUACAG